AAAAGAGAGGAAAAAAGAUCUCCCAGUAGUGGAAUCGCUUUGAUUCCUUUCCUUCUCGACCACCCAAAUAACCCACCGAGUCAGUCAACCACUACUCAGUGUCCCACCAUUCCCCUUCGACAUAAUUGCUUCGAGGAGGAAGAAGAAGAAGAAGAGUAGUACCACUAUAAUUAACAGUGACCGCGUCUUGAAGCUGCCACAGUUUUCUUCAUUCACACUCUAUUCCUUCCUUCCUUCCUUCCCUCCCCAUUAUCUCUCUUUCUAUUCAUCUCUCUCAAUCUCAGCCUCCUCUGUUUCUAGUUCGGGACCCUGAAUCUCGUUAAUGAAGGAAACAGAGAGAAGAAUCGUGGUGGACGGGGGAUUCGUGCAUCAGGAAGAGAAGCAUUUCACCGUCUUCAAAACUUCCCUGUUCUUCGCCAACGACGGAUUCACCGUAUACGACUGCAGCAGCGGCGAGUUGGUCUUCCGAGUCGACUCGUACGGGCCCGACGCCCGGGACAGAGACGAACUCGUCCUCAUGGACGCCCACGGCCGCUGCUUACUCACUGUCCGGAAGAAGAGGCCGAGUCUGCAUCAGCGGUGGGAAGGAUUUCUCGGGGAGAGGAAGGAAGGGCAGAAGGCGAUGUUCAGCGUGAGGAGGUCGUCGAUGAUCGGACGGUCAGGGAUGAGCGUGCAGGUGUACGACAACCCAGGGGAGGAGUACGAGAUCGAAGGGAGCUACGGGAGCCGGAGCUGCACGGUGGUCGACGCGGCGAGGGGAGCGGCGGUGGCGGAGAUCCGGCGGAAGGUGGACGCGUCGACGAACGUGGUGCUGGGGAAGGACGUGUUCUCGCUGGCGGUGAAGCCCGGGUUCGACGGGGCGUUCGCCAUGGGAUUGGUGCUGGUUCUCGAUCAGAUCUGCGGCGGUGAUUUGGCGGAGGAUGAUGGUGAUGGUGCCGUUGAUGUUGUUCACGUGGGACAUGAGGAGGAGGAGGAUAGCGGGCCGCUUGUUGUUGAUUCAAAAGCGAUGGGUCGGUAGUUUUGGGCCUCGUUGUUAUGGGCUGUGGGCUGCUGCUAAGGCAGGCCUUGGACCCUGUUUCCUUACGUAGUUCGGCCGCUAAAUGAAAAAUAAUGAUGACGAAUUUGAAGCUCAAAGUGUAGUCUUACAACCGAGAGCGGAUCCCAUGACUAAGGAGAUCCUUAGUCAUUUGACUAAGCCCCUCCUAGCCAUUAAAUCUGGACACUUCAAUCCAAUGGUUAAAAAGUGGGAAGGGCUAUUUAAUUAAUGACAGGAAUAGUUUGGGUAUUAUGAAAAAUUACGAAGUAUACAAACCGGAUUUACAAUCAGUACAAACCAUACAAACAUACGAACAGUACAAACUAGAGCGACAAAACAUACAAACAGAUUUACAAACAUUACAAAUGUAUGAACUGUACAAACAAUACAAACUAGACCGACAAACAAUACAAACCAUAAAAAAAGAAAAAACAACCGGGUUGACUUUGGAGGCUCCAUUCCUAUAUAGAGGGGCUUAGGGGUGUACAUGGGUCGGGUGGUCCGGGUUUAGGCAUUUUAAUCACCCGACCCAUGCACUACGGUUUGGGAAAUAUUAAACCCAAACCCACCCAAAAAAAUCUAAACCCUACGGUUUGUUUCUAAUUGGGUUGGGUCGGGUUGGCGAUAUUUUUAAGUAAAAACCCAACCCAACACAAAAUAUGUAAUUAUUCUACAUCAUAAAAAUAUUUUAUAAAAAAUUAAAAAUUCAAACGAAUAAACCGAGGUGAAAGGUAUCAAAAUUCACAAAUAUUGUUUGAAUUUUAAUAAAACUUGAUUACUUCAACUUAUGUCUAGUUUUUUUCAUGCCAUUUGUUGAAAUAGGCUAAAAAGGUUACAAAUGAACGCAUCCAUAAUAUGAUAUUCUUUUAAAAUUGUACACAAGAAAAAAAAUACGUGAAUCAUAGCUAUAUUAAAUAUAUGUCUAAACUUUAA